CUGAUUGGCUUUACGCAGGUUUCUGCCUAAUAUUUAACACCGCAAAGCUUGGAGGUCUCAUUUAUCUAGACCGGAUCUUAGCGCAGCAUCCAUCAACAAGGCGCAAGCAGCUGACGCGCAAUUCCAGUUAUCUGCAAGGGAUUAAACAGGAUCUGCUGAGAAAAUGAGACGAAGCCUGCUCCUGGUGACUUUGUUCCUCAUUAUGAAACUUCGCUCCAGCCAUUCCAGGUGCGAGGAAACCGGAGCGCGCAGAUCCUCCUCAGACACUACAAGACUGGAAGAUAUAAAGCGGAACAUUCUGAGAAGAUACACAGAUUUGGAUUAUGACAGCUUUGUUGGAUUGAUGGGCAAAAGAAACGCGGAAGAGGACGUGGAAUCCCAACAAAAAAGGGAAAUGGAUGACUUAUUUGUUGGUCUUAUGGGAAGAAGAAGCUCUGACUCUGAUAGUCCCUGGAGGAGAGAAUAUCCAGAGCGCAGAGGAAUCCUUCUCAACAAAUCCAGGCUGAGGUUACUUCAGGGGCUGUAAACAUUCAGCCAGACCUUUUUCCGUAUGGCUUCAUCAACAGAAAUUCACAAAGGAGUAUGAACAGCCAACAAGUCUGAAGGAAAAGAAGUCGAGCAGCUGGUUCAUGAAAGCCACCAUAAACCAAGCAGAUUGUAACUAUUUUAUCUGCAAGAAAGAAUAAUUAGAAAUCAUAAUUUCAGU